GUUUGGAUAUAUUAAUACGACGCUAUUAAACUAAGGGGGUUAAGGUUUCCGGGCAUGUGGUACAGUAUGCCGCUCAAAAUAUAAAUAGGAUUGAACACCGCGGCCUAUUAAAAUACAGAACUUCUGCCUACAACCUACAUACCUACUUCCAAAUCCAAAUCCAAAUCCAAAAAAAGAAAAGAAUAGAAAAGAAAAGAAAAUGUCUUCCCAAAGCCCGAUCAAAUCCGCACUACCAGACAUAAUUUGCCUCGACGAGCACAAAUUCCGCAUCCACUAUGACGUCCCGCAAGCAAUCACCGACCGUUUGUACGAAUUGUUCAACCGAGACGACGAAGUCAAAUACGAAGAUAUCCCUGACGAUUUGAAGGAAUAUGAGGUCCGCGAUCCGUCUGAAGAAGAAAUGCCAGAAGGUGGUGCAUCGGGUGCAAGAACCUCUUAAAGUCUUCCGAUAUACCUUGAAGGAAUGCAAGGUGCCGGGUGCCGAGCUCAGCUUUCGGCUUUUGGAGUGAAGGAUGCAAGGGCGAAUUGAUGUCUCAUUACGCAGUAGUCUUCAUUAAUCGAUCGCGAAUAGUUACUUUUAUAUCUCUAUUUUACUGAGAGAGGCACUAAAUUAUUUCUAAGUAAUACAUUCGCAUUGAUUACCUGAUUUCCUUAGGCUUGGGAGGUGACCA